AUGAAUCGAUCAUUGAUCAUCUCUGAUGAGAUCCUGGGAUAUGGCUCCUCCGGCACGAUCGUUUUCAAGGGGAAUUUCCAAGGUUGUGCAGUAGCUGUAAAGAGGCUAUUGAGAGAUUUCGUUGAUGUUGCGUCCAAGGAGGUCUCGUUGUUGGAGUCUGCUGACAAUCAUGCAAACGUAAUCCGAUACUUUUACAAAGAGGUGACCGAUUCAUUCUUGUAUAUCGCCUUGGAAUUGUGCCCUGCAAAUCUUGCCGAAGUUAUUGAGAAGCCAAACGAGAAUCAAUCUUUGAGCGCCAUUCUAAAACCGAAAAAAGCACUCUCGCAAAUUGCUUCAGGUUUACAGUACCUUCACUCCCUUUCAAUCGUUCAUCGGGAAUUGAAGAUGCUCUCGUCAGAUUUUGGGCUUUCAAAAAGGCUCGACGGAGUUGCACAAACGAGCUUCAGUCAAACAGUCAACAAUCCCGGAGGAGCUUUUGCUGGCAGGGAGGUGAACAUCUUGCGACGAUCGAUAGACCUUCAACGUUUGGCAUUUGCUCAGGCUCAUGUUUGGUCAUUACACAGAUCAAAUGUUGAGCUUCAUGUCCCUCUUCUCCCAAUCCAUCCAAAUACCUUGAAGAUUUUGUCGCAUCCAUACUUUUGGGACUCUUAUCGUAGGUUAUCCUUCUUGCAGGACGCAAGUGAUCGAUUUGAUAUUAUGGAGCGUGAUCCUCCAGUCGCUCCCCUCGUCCUCGUGACACUGGAGGCGAAUGCAGUGGACAUUGUUGGAAAUGAUUGGCAUCGGAUGGAAGACUUGAACAAGAGAAGGAAAUACGACCCAAAAAAGCAUUGCCGCUCUCUUACGUGCAAUUCGAAACAAGAAAGUCACAUACACGAUUUGCCCCAUAAUGUGAAGAGACUCAUCACAAUCGCAGACGUGCAAUUGCUGUCCGAUGGCUUCUUGACCUACUUUACUUCAAGAACAUCUGAAUCUUCCUUUGUGGUGGCCUUCGAGCCUUUUUCCGAUGAGAUUUGA